AUGCCAGCCAACCUCACGGAGGGCAGCCCCGACUCCAAGGGCUCCAGCGGGACCACGCAGACCCCGGAUGCUUCCCCAGCCCUCUGCACCGAAACGAUGACUUUCACUGAAGUGGUGGAAGGGGAGGAGUGGGGCUCCUUCUACUACUCCUUUAAGACUGAACAGUUGAUAACUCUGUGGGUCCUGUUUGUUUUCACCAUUGUUGGAAACUCCAUGGUGCUGUUCUCUACGUGGAGGAGGAAGAAGAAGUCAAGAAUGACCUUUUUUGUGACUCAGCUGGCUAUCACAGACUCUUUCACAGGACUGGUUAACAUCUUGACAGAUAUCAUUUGGCGAUUCACUGGAGAUUUUAUGGCACCUGAUCUCGUUUGCCGAGUGGUCCGCUAUCUGCAGGUUGUGCUGCUCUAUGCCUCUACCUAUGUCCUGGUGUCCCUCAGCAUAGACAGAUACCAUGCCAUCGUCUACCCCAUGAAGUUUCUGCAAGGAGAAAAGCAAGCCAAGGUCCUCAUCAUGAUUGCCUGGACCCUCUCUUUCCUCUUCUCCAUUCCCACCCUGAUCAUAUUUGGAAAAAGGAAACUCUCUAAUGGUGAAGUGCAGUGCUGGGCACUGUGGCCUGACGACUCCUACUGGACCCCAUACAUGACCAUCGUGGCCUUCCUGGUGUAUUUCAUCCCUCUGACAAUCAUCAGUGUCAUCUAUGCCAUUGUGAUCAGAACCAUUUGGAUUAAGAGCAAAGCCCACGAGACUGUGAUCUCCAACUGCUCCGAUGGAAAGCUGUGCACCAGUUACAACCGAGGGCUCAUCUCAAAGGCAAAAAUCAAGGCCAUCAAGUACAGCAUUGUCAUCAUUCUCGCCUUCAUCUGCUGUUGGAGUCCAUACUUCCUCUUCGACAUGUUGGACAAUUUCAGUCUCCUUCCAGACACCGAGGAGCGCUUCUAUGCCUCUGUGAUCAUUCAGAACCUGCCGGCUUUGAAUAGUGCCAUCAACCCACUUAUCUAUUGUGUCUUCAGCAGCUCCAUCUGUUUUCCCCAUGGGCAGCAAACAUCACGGGAUUCCAGAAUGACACUCCGGGAGAGAACCGCGAGGCACGAGAUGCAGGUUCUAUCCAAGCCAGAAUUUAUCUAGACUCUGGGACAGUAGUAUGGCUAGUCUGAGCCCCAUCAGCAGUGCUGGGUCCGUCUCCACCUUGGGCACGUGCAUGGAA